AUGGAAGGAAAAAAACAAAUUGAUUUAAAAAAAGAAUUUGGUCAUUAUGCUACCAAAUAUAAAAGUUUAAACCCGUUCAAUGAAAUAGACUCAAAAAAACUUCUCAAAGAAAGAUAUAAACAAAACUUAGAUGAUUCCAAACCAUUGGAAGACGAAGAACCAACUAAAACUGUCACUGUGGACUUAUUCAAACAAAUUCCAUUGCUCGAGGACAUAGAUUUGACCAAAUCAGACCCUUUGUGCAAUAUGCCAAAACUUUCGGAGAAAGAAGCUGUACGUAGAGUGAGGAAUAAAUUUAUACGGCUACAAUUGUUAUAUGCACAAGAAUACAGAUAUUUAUUAUUUAAAUAUCGAGUAAAACGUCGUGAAUACUUAAUAAAUAAAAAAUGUGAUUCUGAAUCAUAUGGACAACUAAAUAAAUCAAAAUGGACAAAUGAUGAAGAAUAUGCAAAAUUCCGUAAGCUAAAACUAUUGCAACAUUAUCAAAAAAUGACAAUAGGACAAGAGGCUGUAGUAUUUAAAACAGCAAUGGAUAGAAAAAUAAGAGCAACUUCAUUACUAAACAAUAAGGGAAAAUCACAUCUUCCACAUUGCACGUAUGUAGAAAUGGGUAUAAAAUGUACAGGAAAAAUGAUACCAAAAAGUAAGUAUUGCAAGAAACAUAUCCUCAAAGAUCCGAAGCAAAUUUUAUUCAGAGCUUGCAAUGUUCUUCAAAGUGAUAACCAGUGCCAAGAGCCAAUUGUUAAUUUUGAUACCAAAUCUACAUGCGUUUUGCAUGAAAAAUUGCCAAUGCUUCGAGAUUAA